UACUUCCCAAAAACUGUCACAUACUUUCUCAAACUCAAGCAAUCUAAAUUAUAAAUAUUUGAAAGUAUCUUAAAAAUUCAAAAUAAAAAUAAUGGACUACACCAUAGAGGAGACUGCAAUUUCACUUAUUAUACGCCUGGACGAGUGGAGCAAGGCGAAGGAAGUUAAGCCAGGUGAAACGGGAAGGAUUAUAGCCGCUGUUUUAGCCAUAAUAGUCAUAUGCUAUAUCAUACUCUUUGUGGCACGCAUUGUGGCUUCUCUUACCCUUCCUGUCUUGGUCAUUAUGGGUCUCCUUGUGAUCUACCGUUGUGUCAGCAUCUCCGAAGUGGUAGAAGGUAUCAAGGAGCUGCCUUAUAUGCUGGUUUCUUUUCUUAAUUCCAUAGUAGACUUCAUACGAAAGGCAAAUUUCAUAAGGCGAGCCUUUGUAUGGUUGUGUGCUUUUUCUAAGAUAUUGGACCUAUUUAUUUAAAAGCAACGAUGUUGCAGUAAAUAAAGGAUAUUAUUGUAUAA